AUGUCUUGGUAUCGAAAUUGUACAGUGUGCAGCAUACUCGAGCUAGGCCUGGGUGUGGAUGUCGUGAAAAAGCUGGUGGAAACGCUCUUUGAGAGUGGUCAGACGCCUAAAGCAGGGUCCUUGGUGUUGGCACUGGGCAAUCCGAAGGGCAUCAAACUAAACCAACGCUACGUAGAGAGCGAUCUGAAUAGGUGUUUCAAUCCGGACGAUCUCAGCAAACCGCUCGCUGAUAAUGCCACGUACGAAGAGAAACGCUCCCGAGACUUCGCAGAGUUCGUUGCAGAAGCGCAUGUUCUGAUUGAUGUCCACGCCACACUCAAACCGUCAGACCCAUUCGUGAGAAUCGGGGGCGUGAAAGAUCUCAAUCUGAACCACGAAGAAAUCCUGGACGAGCUUAUUGGUUGCAACACACUGUUAUUGGAUCCGCUCAAUCUGAUUGGCAUGGGCCGACCGGUCUGCUCAGACGAGCUUCUAAGCUACAAUGGAAAUACAGGGAUCUGCUAUGAGACCGGAUUCGCAGGAGAUUUGGAGUGCGCUCCCCGAGUGCUUGCGAGUAUGAUUGCCAUUCUACUGAACAAACUAGGCUUAGAAAUAGAAUGCGAGGAAGCGGCGGCUGUACAAAAACCAGCCACUAAGCCUGUCCGAGACGUCUAUGAGAUGACAUCAGUGUUCACCUUGGGCGAAGAAGGAUUCCGAUGGAACAGCCCAUACGGCUCGCACAACUUUCAAAAGAUUCCUGGCAGUGUCCCGAUUGGCUUCCACGGGGAAACACCACUGGUGGAAGCGAACGACACAUAUGUGAUAUUCCCCAAGGUGCCAGAACUGUGGUUUCUGGGAAAACCACUAGGCUGGUUGGCUAAAAAGCUCUAG